AAAUACACCGACCAAUGGAGAGUCCUUAUACAAAGAGAAUGUCUAUGGACCCCAUGUUGUUCAAGAGCAUCUACAAUACAAGUGGCCUCUCUAGGGAUCCCAUCAUUUCAAUUUUUAUGGAGCAAGAUUGGAUUUUUAGGUAAUUCAAAAUAAAGGCUAAGUUCCAAGGGGCUUUAGAAUUCCUAAAAGCCCAAGUGAUGGUGAAAGUGGAAUCCCCUUCAACGAAUCCGUUGCUCAUCUUUGGUGGUGUCAUUUAGAAAUGAGAUAAUCAAGGUAACUCCAUGGAGGAAGAGGAGGAUAAGCUCCUAUUAAGUAGUCUGGGUGUCACAUCUGCGAAUCCUGAAGAUAUUGAGCGCGGCAUACUAACAGAGGUGAAAAAUGAUGCUGGAGGCAGAAAUGAAGCUACAGAGAGCACUGUAGAGCAGUUUCUUGAUGAAGAACAUGGGACUGAACCAUCAGCUACAGCCCGAGACAAACUUUUUAAUAAACUGAGGGCAGUAGAAGUUGAAAUAGAUGCUGUUGCAGCCAGUGUUAAACAGGCACGGAAUAUUGCAAGAAAUGAAAACAAUACUUCAGAUAGUACUGAUAAUAGGGUGGAGGGAGAUUUAGAUGACAGCAAAAAUGCUGUUCAAGAUUCUGUCAGGGGUUUAAACCUUCAACAUGCUUUAGCUGCUGACCGUCUAAGAAGCCUUAAGAAAACAAAGGCCCAACUCCAGAAAGAUCUUAGUGAGUUGCAUAAGAAUGAUUCAAUUGAGGGUGUUGGGAAUGAGAAGCUUCUUGACAAGUUGGUUAGGGAAGAGACGAAGCAAAAGCGAAGGUUGAAAGAAAUAAAACCUACUGGCAAAGGCUCAAAAAAGAGGCAGAAAUCAGUUGCAUUUGACGAGGAUGUUGAUUUUGAUGCCGUGUUGGAUGCAGCAUCUGCAGGAUUUAUUGAAACGGAAAGGGAUAAGUUGGUACGCAAGGGUGUUUUAACUCCUUUUCAUAAACUCAAAGGCUUUGAACGCCGUCUCCAACAACCGGGACCAUCGAAUAGGCAUGGCGAGCCUGAGGAAGACUUGAGUGAGAAUCUUAUUUCCACCACUAUCGCUAAGGCUGCUCGAUCAAUCUCAGAGAUUGCAAAAGCUCGCCCAACAACCAAAUUGCUCGAUGCAAGUGCCUUACCCAAACUUGAAGCACCUACCCAUCCUUUUCGCAGGCUGAAAACACCUCUCAAGCUACUAGUGUCUCCAGGUGCUGAGAAUUCAGAGGGUAAGAACUGCAAGAUAAGUAAGCGGAAAAGGCCAUUACCUGACAAGAAAUGGAGAAAGGCAGCGUCACAGGAAGAGAAACUUCUUGAAGGAACUGAAGAAGAUGCAGGGGAACACUCUAUCCACUCUGAUUAUGAGGAAGAAAAUCAAGCAGACGUCGAAGAUGCGGACAUCAAUGAGCCAACUUCUGUAACACUUGAAGGAGGGCUAAAAAUCCCAGAAACGAUCUUCACCGAACUCUUUGACUAUCAAAAAGUGGGAGUACAGUGGCUAUGGGAGUUGCAUUGCCAAAGAGCUGGCGGGAUUAUCGGUGAUGAAAUGGGUUUGGGCAAGACCAUUCAGGUGUUAUCUUUCCUUGGAGCUUUGCAUUUCAGUAAAAUGUAUAAGCCCAGCAUCAUUAUCUGUCCUGUGACUCUUUUGCGACAGUGGAGAAGGGAAGCUCGAAAAUGGUAUCCAAGCUUUCGUGUUGAGAUUCUGCAUGAUUCUGCUCAGAUUCCUGCGAAUAAAAAGAAGCAAGCAAAAUCUGGCGAAAGUGAUGAAGAAACUGAUGGUUCAUUGGAUAGUGAUAGUGAAAGAACUCUGCCUAACAAAGGCACUAAAAAGUGGGAUUUCUUGAUCAAUCGUGUUUUGAGAUCGGAAUCAGGUUUGCUUAUUACUACCUACGAGCAACUCCGGAUACUUGGCGAGAAGUUGCUUGAUAUAGAAUGGGGGUAUGCUAUCUUGGACGAAGGUCACCGUAUCCGAAACCCCAAUGCGGAAAUUACCCUAGUUUGUAAACAGCUUCAGACAGUGCAUCGUAUUAUCAUGACGGGUGCACCAAUUCAAAACAAGCUGAGUGAGUUAUGGUCGCUUUUUGACUUUGUCUUUCCCGGGAAGUUGGGUGUCUUACCAGUAUUUGAGGCUGAAUUCGCUGUUCCUAUAUCGGUUGGUGGGUAUGCAAAUGCAACCCCAUUACAAGUGUCCACAGCCUACAGGUGUGCGGUAGUUUUACGUGACAUGAUAAUGCCAUACCUCCUUCGACGUAUGAAGGCGGAUGUGAAUGCUCAGCUUCCGAAGAAAACCGAGCAUGUUCUUUUUUGCAGCUUGACUGCAGAGCAGCGGUCUGCAUAUCGAGCAUUUCUUGCUAGCUCCGAGGUGGAACAAAUAUUUGAUGGAAAUAGAAACUCACUAUAUGGAAUUGAUGUCAUGCGUAAGAUUUGCAACCAUCCUGAUCUGCUUGAAAGAGAGCACUGUGCCAACAAUCCUGACUAUGGGAAUCCGGAGCGCAGUGGAAAAAUGAAAGUGGUUGAGCAAGUACUUAAGGUGUGGAAGGAACAAGGUCACCGUGUUCUUUUUUUCGCGCAGACCCAACAAAUGCUGGACAUUCUUGAGAAAUUCCUGGUGGCAGAUGGCUAUACCUACCGGCGGAUGGAUGGGCUCACUCCCGUAAAACAACGAAUGUCUCUAAUAGAUGAAUUCAAUAACUCGACUGAUGUGUUUAUUUUCAUUCUUACUACUAAAGUUGGUGGACUGGGGACAAAUUUGACUGGUGCCAAUAGGGUGAUCAUAUUCGAUCCUGACUGGAACCCUUCGACGGAUAUGCAGGCAAGAGAACGUGCUUGGCGAAUUGGUCAGACACGGGAUGUUGUGGUUUAUAGACUGAUUACCCGUGGAACAAUAGAGGAGAAGGUAUACCACAGGCAAAUCUACAAGCAUUUCCUAACCAAUAAGAUACUGAAGAACCCACAACAGAGAAGGUUCUUUAAAGCUAGAGACAUGAAAGAUCUCUUCACUUUGCAAGAUGAUGGCGAGGGUGGUUCUACUGAAACAUCAAAUAUUUUCGGUCAGUUGUCUGAUGAUGUAAAUGUUGGUGUUCACGACAACAAGGUAGAUAAACUGGAAUCCUCAACUGCUGUAAUGCAUACAGACAAUGCUGCACUUAGUGAAAGAACCGAUUCUUCAAAACAUGGAACAAGAAAGGGGAAAGAGAAGACUGAAGAAAGUGAUGGUGAAGUAGACGAAGAAACUAAUGUGUUGAAGAGUCUUUUUGAUGCUCAAGGGAUUCAUAGUGCCAUGAACCACGAUGUGAUUAUGAAUGCCAACGAUGGAGAGAAGAUGAGGCUUGAGGAACAAGCUAACCAAGUUGCAAAAAGGGCGGCUGAAGCCUUACGAAAGUCACGGAUGCUUCGCAGCCAAGAGGUUGUAUAUGUUCCAACAUGGACCGGUAGAUCUGGGGCAGCUGGUGCCCCAUCAUCCGUCCGUAAGAAGUUUGGGUCUACCGUAAAUUCUCGACUUCUCAGUUCUACAAAACCACCAGAAGGUUCUUCUUCAGGCAGUGGGACAAGUAAGCUUUAUGGUCUCGCGGCUGGAGCUUCUACCGGCAAGGCCUUAUCUUCGGCUGAACUAUUGGCCAGAAUUCGAGGGACCCAAGAAAGAGCGGUGCGUGAUGGGCUUGAACAUCAGGUCAGGUCAGCCUCUGAUUCUAAUCAUGGAGCACAACCUAAGCUUUAUGGUCUCGCGGCUGGAGCCUCUACUGGCAAUGCCUUAUCUUCGGCUGAACUAUUGGCCAGAAUUCGAGGGACCCAAGAAAGAGCAGUGCGUGAUGGGCUUGAACGUCAGGUCGGGUCGGCCUCUGAUUCUAAUCAUGGAGCACAACCUAAGCUUUAUGGUCUCGCGGCUGGAGCCUCUACCGUCAAGGCCUUAUCUUCGGCUGAACUAUUGGCCAGAAUUCGAGGGACCCAAGAAAGAGCGGUGGGUGAUGGGCUUGAACGUCAGGUUGGGUCAGCCUCUGAUUCUAAUCAUGGAGCACAACCUACAGCAGAUGGUGGGCCAUCUAAGGCCUCCCAUAAAACACAUUCAGUGCCAGAGGUCUUGACUGGCCAGCUUUGUACAUUCAUACAGUUAGUGGGUGGAAGCACCACUACAGCUGCUAUAGUGAAGCAUUUCAAAGACAAGAUACCCUCCAAAGAUCUGCCCCUGUUUAAGGAUCUUCUCAAGGAGAUAGCCACAUUGAAGAAGGACUCUAAUGGAGGUACUUGGUUCCUGAAACCAGAGUAUAAAAAAUAGCCAUCUCUUCAAGUCACAGAUUUUGGCCUCAUUAUGAUAGUUUUCCAGUCUUAUCCGCCAUCCUAGAAAUUAUCACUCAACUACGGUGUUUUCCCUGGGCAUUAAACUGGUUUGAAGAUCUUGCAAACACCGAAAAGGCACAUGACAGUUGCACGCGGUAGGUUGCAGUUGGUCUAUCUCUGUGAAUGAGGGAAUGCUAAGCAGAUGCUCAUUUGCGAUCGCGAAACUGAAGCACCACACAUAUGCCAAAGUGGCACACAUGCCAGACCCGUGCUGUUCAUCAGGUGGGUCCUAUAGAGUAUCAGUCCUCACUGGACAGGCUGGCCACUUGUUAGGUGAGCCAGAUGUAGUACGAGAAAACCGAAUUGUUGAAAACGGAUAACCAACACUUUACAUCCAACAUGCAUUUGGGGCCCAACCUGAUAACUGGACCUCAGACAGUUCAGCCUGAUAUUUGGGCCAGUGCAUAUUCACCACAGGAUGUGACUUGUGAACGGCCUGGAUCUUGCACAAGCCUGCCACUUUUGCAUAAGUUGAGCACUUGUGUUGUCACUUGCAGAUACGUGCUCUUGCUUGCUUGCCAUUUUUGCACCAUAGUAGUGGUCUAGCGGCUGAAGCAUUUCUUUUUGUACACAUUUAAAAUUCUUUUGUUCUUGAGGAGAAAGAAUCUGCAUUUUGUUCUUUGUACUUCAGAAUAUUUUUAUUAAUUGUAAACUAUAGGGUCUAGAAUUUGAGAAAAGCGUUACAUAUACUCCCCAUUUAUGUUUC